GUGCGUCGGCGUCCUCCAGCGAUUUGCGGUAUCGUAAUGUUUAUGACUAACGUGCCAGCACGCCGUCUCUCGCUUCCUGUCCUUUGCCUCCUCUCCCUCUCCCAGGACCGUCCCUCUUUGCUCGUUCGUGUUUGUCCUGCUUGUCGCAGUCUCCGCGGUUUGCGUUGGUCGUGCGGCCAAUGUCGGUGCGGGCAGCCAGAUGAUCCAAUACGGGGUCAGCUAAACUUCGAGUUGCCCGCAAUCAGCUAGGAGCAACGGCAGCGGAGGCGGCGUUGUUGUGUAUGCAAGGUACAUACAAGUCGGGGAGGCAAGGCGAGUCGAGGUGGGGUGAAAAUUAGCGGGCUCCAGUUGUUCGGGUCCAAAUGCCGCUA